AUGUCCACAACGUUUUUCCGAAGAUUUAUGGCUCCUACGAGUGUAAACAAGCCACAAGCUGACCAGAAAAGUGUCAGCUGGAGAACAUGGAGAAAGAAAGUUGCUAACUCAGAGUGCAAUGGAUCCCACAUCAUCUCUGGUUUUCGUGUGGCCAGCAACAAAAUUAUAAUCAAAGAUCUGGAAGAAGCCAGUGUGGAAAUGAUAACCAUCAGAAUGGUCCUUGGAGCAGAGUUAAAAGGUGUCUGUAGCAAAAGGACUAGCACUGUCCACCCACAGGAGUGCAGUACUCCAAUUUGUAAUGCGUUAGCAGACUAUGCUGCUCUGAAGCAGCUGGGGGGCAAUGGUGACAGUACUGUAGAUGUUGUACCAGCCAGUGGUGACAGUACUGUAGAUAUUGUACCAGGCAGUGGUAACAGUACUGUAGAUAUUGUACCGAGCAGUGGUGACAGUACUGUAGAUAUUGCACCAGGAGGUGUUGACAGUACUGUAGAUAUUGUACCAGGCAGUGGUGACAGUACUGUAGAUAUUGUACCAGGCAGGGGUGACAGCACUGUAGAUAUUGCACCAGCCAGUAUUGACAGUACUGUAAAUAUUGUACCGGGCAGUGUUGACAAUACUGUAGAUAUUGCACCAGGCAGUGGUGAUAGUACUGUAGUUAUUGUACUGGGCAGUGGUGAAAGUACUGUAGAUAUUGUGCCAGGCAGUGGUGACAGUACUGUAGAUAUUGUACCAGGUAAUGGUAACAGUACUGUAGAUAUUGCACCAGGCAGUGAUGAUAGUACUGUAGAUAUUGUACCAGGCAGUGGUGACAUUAUUGUAGAUAUUGUACCAGGCAGUGGUGACAGUACUGUAGAUAUUGUACCAGGCAGUGGCGACAGUACUGUAGACAUUGCACCAGCCAGUGCUGACAGUACUCUAGGUAUUGAACCAGCCAGAGGUGACAGUACUGUAGAUAUUGUACCAUCCAGUGGUGACAGUACUGUAGGUAUUCUACCAGGCAGCGCUGACAGUACUGUAGAUAUUGUAAAAGGCAGUGGUGACAGUAAUGUAGAUAUUGCACCAAGCAGUGGUGCCAGUACUGUAAAAAUUGUACCAAGCAGUGGUAACACUACUGUAGAUAUGCCACCAGCCAGUGGUGACAGUACUGUAGAUAUUGUACCAGGCAAUGGCGGUAGUACUGUAGAUAUUGUACCAGGCAGUGGUGACAUUACUGUAGAUAUUGUACCAGGCAGUGCUGACAGUACUGUAGAUACUGUACCAGCCAGUGGUGACAAUACUGUAGAUAUUGCACCAGGCAGUGAUGACAAUACUGUAUAUAUUGUAUUGGGCUGUGGUGACAGUACUGUAGAUAUUGUAGCAGGCAGUGGUGACAGUACUGUAGAUAUUGUACCAGGCAGUGGUGGUAGUACUGUAGAUAUUGUACCAGGCAGUGGUGACAGUACUGUAGAUAUUGUAUUGGGCAGUGGUGACAGUACUGUAGAUAUUGUACCAGGCAGUGGUGACAGCAGUGGUGGUAGUACUGUAGAUGUUGUACCAGGCAGUGGUGACAGUACUGUAGAUAUUGUAUCAAGCAGUGGUGACAGUACUGUAGAUAUUGUACCAGGUAGUGGUGGUAGUAUUGUAGAUAUUAUACCAGGCAGUGGUGACAGUACUGUAGAUAUUGUACCAGGCAAUGGUGGUAGUAUUGUAAAUAUUGUACCAGGCAGCAUUGACAGUACUGUAGAUAUUGUACCAGGCAGUGUUGACAGUACAGUAGAUAUUGUACCAGGCAGUGGUGGUAGUAUUGUAGAUAUUGUACCAGGCAGUGGUGACAGUACUGUAAAUAUUGUACCAGGCAGUGGUGACAGCAGUGGUGACAGUACCAUAGAUAUUGUACCAGGCAGUGGUGAUAGUACUGUAGAUAUUAUACCAGGCAGUGGUGACAGUACUGUAGAUAUUGUACCAGGCAAUGGUGACAGUACUGUAGAUAUUGUACCAGGCAGUGGUGACAAUACUGUAGAUAUUGUACCAGGCAAUGGUGGUAGUACUGUAGAUAUUAUACCAGGCAGUGGUGGCAGUACUGUAGAUAUUGUACCAGGCAGUCAUGGUAGUACUAUAGAUAUUGGAUUGGGCAGUGGUGACAGUACUAUAGAUAUUGUACCAGGUAGUGGUAACAGUACUGUAGAUAUUGUACCAGGCAGUGGUGGUAGUACUGUAGAUAUUGUACCAGGCAGUGGUGGUAGUACUGUAGAUAUUGUACCGGCCAGUGGUGACAGUACUGCAGAUAUUGUACCAGGCAGUGUUGACAGUACAGUAGAUAUUGUACCAGGCAGUGACGGUAGUAUUGUACCAGGCAGUGGUGAAAGUACUGUAAAUAUUGUACCAGGCAGUGGUGACAGUACUGUAGAUGUUGUACCAGGUAGUGGUGACAGUACUGUAGAUAUUGUACCAGGCAGUUUUGGCAGUACUGUAGAUAUUGUACCAGGCAAUGGUGGUAGUACUGUAGAUAUUGUACCAGGCAGUGGUGGUAGUACUGUAGAUAUUGUACCGGCCAGUGGUGACAGUACUGCAGAUAUUGUACCAGGCAAUGGUGACAGUACUGUAGAUAUUGUACCAGGCAAUGGUGGUAGUACUGUAGAUGUUGUACCAGGCAGUGGUGACAGUACCGUACAUGUUGUACCAGGCAGUUUUGGCAGUACUGCAGAUAUUGUACCAGGCAAUGGUGGUAGUACUGUAGAUGUUGUACCAGGCAGUGGAGACAGUACCGUACAUAUUGUACCAGGCAGUUUUGGCAGUACUGUAGAUAUUGUACCAGGCAAUGGUGGUAGUACUGUAGAUGUUGUACCAGGCAGUGGUGACAGUACUGUAGAUAUUGUAAUAGGCAGUGGUGACAAUAUUGUAGAUAUUGUAUUGGGCAGUGGUGACAGUACUGUAGAUAUUGUACCAGGUAGUGGUGACAGUACUGUAGAUAUUGUACUAGGCAGUGGUGGUAGUACUGUAGAUAUUGUACCAGGCAGUGGUGACAGUACUGUAGAUAUUGUACCAGGCAGUGGUGGUAGUACUGUAGAUAUUAUACCAGACAGUGGUGACAGUACUGUAGAUAUUGUACAAGGCAGUGGUGACAGUACUGUAGAUAUUGUACCAGGCAAUGGUGACAGUACUGCAGAUAUUGUACCAGGCAGUGGUGACAAUACUGUAGAUAUUGUACCUGGCAAUGGUGGUAGUACUGUAGAUAUUAUACCAGGCAGUGGUGACAGUACUGUAGAUAUUGUACCAGGCAGUGGUGGUAGUACUGUAGAUAUUGUACUGGGCAGUGGAGGUAGUACUAUAGAUAUUGUAUUGGGCAGUGGUGACAGUACUUUAGAUAUUGUAUCAGGCAGUGGUGACAGUACUGUAGAUAUUGUACCAGGCAGUGGCGGUAGUACUGUAGAUAUUGUACCAGGCAGUGGUGGUAUUACUGUAGAUAUUGUACCAGGCAGUCAUGGUAGUACUGUAGAUAUUGUAUUGGGCAGUGGUGACAGUACUGUAGAUAUUGUACCAGGUUGUGGUGACAGUACUGUAGAUAUUGUACUAGGCAGUGGUGGUAGUACUGUAGAUAUUGUACCAGGCAAUGGUAGUAGUACUGUAGAUAUUGUACCAGGCAGUGGUGACAAUAUUAUACCAGACAGUGGUGACAGUACUGUAGAUAUUGUACAAGGCAGUGGUGACAGUACUGUAGAUAUUGUACCAGGCAAUGGUGACAGUACUGCAGAUAUUGUACCAGGCAGUGGUGACAAUACUGUAGAUAUUGUACCAGGCAAUGGUGGUAGUACUGUAGAUAUUAUACCAGGCAGUGGUGGUAGUACUGUAGAUAUUGUACCAGGCAGUGGUGACAGUACUGUAGAUAUUGUACCAGGCAGUGGUGGUAGUACUGUAAAUAUUGUACCAGGCAGCGUUGACAGUACUGUAGAUAUUGUACCAGGCAGUGUUGACAGUACAGUAGAUAUUGUACCAGGCAGUGACGGUAGUAUUGUAGAUAUUGUACCAGGCAGUGGUGAAAGUACUGUAAAUAUUGUACCAGGCAGUGGUGACAGUACUGUAGAUGUUGUACCAGGUAGUGGUGACAGUACUGUAGAUAUUGUACCAGGCAGUGGUGGUAGUACUGUAGAUAUUGUACCAGGCAAUGGUGGUAGUACUAUAGAUAUUGUACCAGGGAAUGGUGACAAUAUUAUACCAGACAGUGGUGACAGUACUGUAGAUAUUGUACAAGGCAGUGGUGACAGUACUGUAGAUAUUGUACCAGGCAAUGGUGACAGUACUGCAGAUAUUGUACCAGGCAGUGGUGACAAUACUGUAGAUAUUGUACCAGGCAAUGGUGGUAGUACUGUAGAUAUUAUACCAGGCAGUGGUGGUAGUACUGUAGAUAUUGUACCAGGCAGUGGUGACAGUACUGUAGAUAUUGUACCAGGCAGUGGUGGUAGUACUGUAAAUAUUGUACCAGGCAGCGUUGACAGUACUGUAGAUAUUGUACCAGGCAGUGUUGACAGUACAGUAGAUAUUGUACCAGGCAGUGACGGUAGUAUUGUAGAUAUUGUACCAGGCAGUGGUGAAAGUACUGUAAAUAUUGUACCAGGCAGUGGUGACAGUACUGUAGAUGUUGUACCAGGUAGUGGUGACAGUAUUGUAGAUAUUGUACCAGGCAGUGGUGGUAGUACUGUAGAUAUUGUACCAGGCAAUGGUGGUAGUACUAUAGAUAUUGUACCAGGGAAUGGUGACAGCAGUGGUGACAGUACCAUAGAUAUUGUACCAGGCAGUGGUGAUAGUACUGUAGAUAUUAUACCAGGCAGUGGUGACAGUACUGUAGAUAUUGUACCAGGCAGUGGUGACAGUACUGUAGAUAUUGUACCAGGCAAUGGUGACAGUAUUGUAGAUAUUGUACCAGGCAGUGGUGACAAUACUGUAGAUAUUGUACCAGGCAAUGGUGGUAGUACUGUAGAUAUUAUACCAGGCAGUGGUGGCAGUACUGUAGAUAUUGUACCAGGCAGUCAUGUUAGUACUAUAGAUAUUGGAUUGGGAAGUGGUGACAGUACUAUAGAUAUUGUACCAGGUAGUGGUGACAGUACUGUAGAUACUGUACCAGGCAGUGGUGGUAGUACUGUAGAUAUUGUACCAGGCAGUGGUGGUAGUACUGUAGAUAUUGUACCGGCCAGUGGUGACAGUACUGCAGAUAUUGUACCAGGCAAUUGUGACAGUACUGUAGAUAUUGUACCAGGCAAUGGUGGUAGUACUGUAGAUAUUUUACCAGGCCGUGGUGAUAGUACUGUAGAUAUUGUACCAGGCAGUUUUGGCAGUACUGUAGAUAUUGUACCAGGCAAUGGUGGUAGUACUGUAGAUAUUGUACCAGGCAGUGGUGACAGUACCGUACAUAUUGUACCAGGCAGUUUUGGCAGUACUGUAGAUAUUGUACCAGGCAAUGGUGGUAGUACUGUAGAUGUUGUACCAGGCAGUGGUGACAGUACUGUAGAUAUUGUAAUACGCAGUGGUGACAAUAUUGUAGAUAUUGUACCAGGCAGUCAUGGUAGUACUGUAGAUAUUGUAUUGGGCAGUGGUGACAGUACUGUAGAUAUUGUACCAGGUAGUGGUGACAGUACUGUAGAUAUUGUACUAGGCAGUGGUGGUAGUACUGUAGACAUUGUGCCAGGCAAUGGUGGCAGUGGUGACAGUACUGUAGAUAUUGUACCAAUCAGUGGUGGUAGUACUGUAGAUAUUAUACCAGACAGUGGUGACAGUACUGUAGAUAUUGCACAAGACAGUGGUGACAGUACUGUAGAUAUUGUACCAGGCAGUGGUGGUAGUACUGUAGAUAUUGUACUGGGCAGUGGAGGUAGUACUAUAGAUAUUGUAUUGGGCAGUGGUGACAGUACUUUAGAUAUUGUAUCAGGCAGUGGUGACAGUACUGUAGAUAUUGUACCAGGCAGUGGCGGUAGUACUGUAGAUAUUGUACCAGGCAGUGGUGGUAUUACUGUAGAUAUUGUACCAGGCAGUCAUGGUAGUACUGUAGAUAUUGUAUUGGGCAGUGGUGACAGUACUGUAGAUAUUGUACCAGGUUGUGGUGACAGUACUGUAGAUAUUGUACUAGGCAGUGGUGGUAGUACUGUAGAUAUUGUACCAGGCAAUGGUGGUAGUACUGUAGAUAUUGUACCAGGCAGUGGUGACAGCAGUGGUGGUAGUACUGUAGAUAUUAUACCAGACAGUGGUGACAGUACUGUAGAUAUUGUACAAGGCAGUGGUGACAGUACUGUAGAUAUUGUACCAGGCAAUGGUGACAGUACUGCAGAUAUUGUACCAGGCAGUGGUGACAAUACUGUAGAUAUUGUACCAGGCAAUGGUGGUAGUACUGUAGAUAUUAUACCAGGCAGUGAUGGUAGUACUGUAGAUAUUGUACCAGGCAGUGGUGACAGUAUUGUAGAUAUUGUACCAGGCAGUGGUGGUAGUACUGUAAAUAUUGUACCAGGCAGCGUUGACAGUACUGUAGAUAUUGUACCAGGCAGUGUUGACAGUACAGUAGAUAUUGUACCAGGCAGUGGCGGUAGUAUUGUAGAUAUUGUACCAGGCAGUGGUGAAAGUACUGUAAAUAUUGUACCAGGCAGUGGUGACAGUACUGUAGAUAUUGUACCAGCUAAUAGUGGCAGUACUCUAGAUAUUGUACUAGACAGUGGUGACAGUACUGUAGAUAUUGUACCAGGCAGUGGUGGUAGUACUGUAGAUAUUGUACCAGCCAGUGAUGACAGUACUGUAGAUAUUGUACCAGGCAAUGGUGGUAGUACUGUAGAUGUUGUACCAGACAGUGGUGACAGUACUGUAGAUAUUGUACCAGGCAGUGGUGACAAUACUGUAGAUAUUGUACCAGGCAGUCAUGGUAGUACUGUAGAUAUUGUAUUUGGCAGUGGUAUCCGUACUGUAGAUAUUGUACCAGGUAGUGGUGACAGUACUGUAGAUAUUGUACCAGGCAGUGGUGGCAGUGGUGACAGUACCAUAGAUAUUGUACCAGGCAGUGGUGAUAGUACUGUAGAUAUUAUACCAGGCAGUGGUGACAGUACUGUAGAUAUUGUACCAGGCAGUGGUGACAGUACUGUAGAUAUUGUACCAGGCAAUGGUGACAGUACUGUAGAUAUUGUACCAGGCAGUGGUGACAAUACUGUAGAUAUUGUACCAGGCAAUGGUGGUAGUACUGUAGAUAUUGUACCAGGCAGUGGUGGUAGUACUGUAGAUAUUGUACCAGGCAGUGGUGACAGUACUGUAGAUAUUGUAAUAGGCAGUGGUGACAAUAUUGUAGAUAUUGUACCAGGCAGUCAUGGUAGUACUGUAGAUAUUGUACCAGGCAGUGGUGGUAGUACUGUAGAUAUUGUACCAGGCAGUGGUGACAGUACUGUAGAUAUUGUACCAGGCAGUGGUGGUAGUACUGUAGAUAUUGUACCAGGCAAUGGUGGUAGUACUGUAGAUAUUGUACCAGGCAGUGGUGACAGCAGUGGUGGUAGUACUGUAGAUAUUAUACCAGACAGUGGUGACAGUACUGUAGAUAUUGCACAAGGCAGUGGUGACAGUACUGUAGAUAUUGUACCAGGCAAUGGUGACAGUACUGCAGAUAUUGUACCAGGCAGUGGUGACAAUACUGUAGAUAUUGUACCAGGCAAUGGUGGUAGUACUGUAGAUAUUAUACCAGGCAGUGAUGACAGUACUGUAGAUAUUGUACCAGGCAGUGGUGGUAGUACUGUAGAUAUUGUACUGGACAGUGGAGGUAGUACUAUAGAUAUUGGAUUGGGCAGUGGUGACAGUACUUUAGAUAUUCUAUCAGGCAGUGGUGACAGUACUGUAGAUAUUGUACCAAGCAGUGGCGGUAGUACUGUAGAUAUUGUACCAGGCAGUGGUGGUAUUACUGUAGAUAUUGUACCAGGCAGUCAUGGUAGUACUGUAGAUAUUGUAUUGGGCAGUGGUGACAGUACUGUAGAUAUUGUACCAGGUUGUGGUGACAGUACUGUAGAUAUUGUACCAAGCAGUGGCGGUAGUACUGUAGAUAUUGUACCAGGCAGUGGUGGUAUUACUGUAGAUAUUGUACCAGGCAGUCAUGGUAGUACUGUAGAUAUUGUAUUGGGCAGUGGUGACAGUACUGUAGAUAUUGUACCAGGCAGUGGUGGCAGUGGUGGCAGUACCAUAGAUAUUGUACCAGGCAGUGGUGGUAGUACUGUAGAUAUUAUACCAGACAGUGGUGACAGUACUGUAGAUAUUGUACAAGGCAGUGGUGACAGUACUGUAGAUAUUGUACCAGGCAAUGGUGACAGUACUGCAGAUAUUGUACCAGGCAGUGGUGACAAUACUGUAGAUAUUGUACCAGGCAAUGGUGGUAGUACUGUAGAUAUUAUACCAGGCAGUGGUGACAGUACUGUAGAUAUUGUACCAGGCAGUGGUGGUAGUACUGUAGAUAUUGUAUUGGGCAGUGGAGGUAGUACUAUAGAUAUUGUAUUGGGCAGUGGUGACAGUACUUUAGAUAUUGUAUCAGGCAGUGGUGACAGUACUGUAGAUAUUGUACCAAGCAGUGGCGGUAGUACUGUAGAUAUUGUACCAGACAGUGGUGGUAGUACUGUAGAUAUUGUACCAGGCAGUCAUGGUAGUACUGUAGAUAUUGUAGCAGGCAUUGGUGGUGAAGUAAGAAAUGAGUCAAGGAUAAAGCUCUCAUUUUAUCAGUCAGCCUGA